AUGGGGAGAAAUAUCAGAAGGCGCAGGAGCAAUUCCUCACUUUCAGAGGCCAUAUCAGUAUCGCUGGGAAUAAACUAUCAAGACUCAUCAAAAAACAAGAUUCAUAGAGCUAGUGUUAGCACAAUGUCACCUCCAUUAUGCCGUUCUUAUAUGAGUGGAUUUUUUACAGGUGCAAGCUCGCCUAUGAAUUACAAUAUGUCUGACUCAAAGCUACCCUUCUCGAACAAGCAACACCCCAAAGUGAUUCACGGAUCAGAAAAAUUGCAUAGACAAACAGCCCAACUGUCCAAUGAAUUUUGCUCUUCUUCAGUUGAGGAAGGCUCUCCGACUAUUAAGGACUAUAUGGACAUUAUAGAUAGCGAUGACAGAAAAGAUGAUCAAUCUAUGCGCACUAUAGAAGAGAAUAUUGAUGAAGAAUACGCUGAUGAAUACUCAAGAUUAUUACUCAGUCCAGCAUCCUCAAAUGCGGAUGACGAACGAAAUCGUGCGCUUCAAGACAGUCCAAUAUCAGAACUAGAGGAUGGUCUCGGGGGCGGAUACCAGUCCGUCCAUCCCUCGCAUAAUUUGCGUUUAGGCCCAAGAAGUGCGUGGCAGUGGUUUACGUCAUUUCCUUCCAAAUGCGCACAUUACCUACCUGCGGCAGUAUUAGGUCUGCUUUUGAACAUCUUAGAUGCGUUGUCCUAUGGUAUGAUCAUAUUUCCAAUUACAGAACCGGUAUUUUCUCAUUUGGGGCCCACCGGUAUUUCUAUGUUUUAUAUCUCCACAAUAAUAUCACAAAGUGUGUAUUCUGGGGGCUGGUCGAGUUUUCCUUCCGGAGUUGGAAGUGAAAUGAUCGAAAUUACCCCAUUUUAUCACACAAUGGCUCUAGGUAUAAAAGAGGCGCUAGUGGGUAGUGAUGAUGAAAUCAUAACCACCACAAUCUUCUGUUAUGUGAUCAGCUCUAUGCUUACAGGUAUCGUUUUCUAUGUACUGGGGAAAUUACGACUAGGCAAAAUAGUUGGAUUUUUCCCUCGACACAUUUUAAUAGGCUGUAUCGGAGGUGUUGGUUAUUUCUUGAUAAUUACCGGUAUUGAAGUCACUACAAGAGUGGCUAAAUUUGAGUACUCGUGGCCUUUCUUGUCGGGACUGUUCACAAAUUAUGACACGUUGGCAAAGUGGUUACUACCUGUCCUGCUGACAAUAGUUUUAAUCGGUACGCAACGGUGUUUCAAGAACUCAUUAGUCCUGCCAACUUUUUACAUUUUGACAUUGGUUUUAUUCCAUUUUAUUGUUGCAAUCAUUCCUACAUUAUCUUUAGAUACUCUAAGAGAGUCAGGAUGGAUUUUCCCAAUCGCUAGUUCUGAUAGUAAAUGGUACGAUCAUUACAAAUUAUUCAAUAUUCAUAAAGUUCACUGGGCGUUGGUUUUCCAACAAAUACCAACAAUGAUGGCUUUGACCUUUUUUGGUAUUUUACAUGUCCCCAUCAAUGUGCCCGCCUUGGCCAUGUCACUACAAAUGGAUAAAUACGAUGUUGAUAAAGAACUGAUUGCGCAUGGUUAUUCAAACUUUUUCAGUGGGCUGCUAGGUUCAGUUCAAAACUACCUGGUGUACACUAAUAGUGUUUUAUUUAUUAGAGCCGGAGCAGACUCGUCAUUUGCUGGCUUCCUUUUGGUAGCCUUGACCGUCUGUAUUAUGGUUAUUGGACCUGUGAUAAUAUCAUUCAUACCAAUCUGUAUAGUCGGCUCUCUGAUUUUUUUGCUGGGUUAUGAGUUAUUGGUAGAAGCACUAGUUGAUACCUGGAAUAAACUGAAUAGGUUUGAAUACCUGACUGUUGUAAUUAUUGUCUUUACAAUGGGUAUAUUCGACUUUGUUCUAGGUAUCAUUGUUGGUAUUUUGAUUGCAUGCUUUUCGUUCUUGGUUGAUAGCACAAAAUUGCAAACUAUUAACGGCGAAUAUAAUGGGAAUGUCGCUAAGAGUACGGUUUAUCGUGAUUAUGUUCAAACCAAAUUUCUAGAAGGCAUUGGUGAACAGAUAUAUGUUCUAAAAUUGCAAAACGUUUUGUUUUUCGGGACUAUCAUAUCAAUUGAAGAAAAAAUUGAAAGACUGCUAGAAAUAAGCAAUAAAGACUCAACAAAACGGAGAAUAAAGUAUUUAAUUUUGGAUUUUAAGAACAUCAACGCUGACAAUAUUGACUAUUCUGCAGCAGAAGGUUUCAAUAGAAUUAAAAGGUUCACGGAAACCAAAAGAAUCAAGCUGAUCAUAUCCUCCAUCAAAGAAAGGGAUCAUAUAUACAACGCCUUCAAUAACGUGGGACUAUUAAACGAUGUGGAAUUAUUUGCCGAUUUAAACAGUGCUUUGGAAUGGUGUGAGAAUGAAUUUCUCUUCCAAUAUAAGCAAUUAAGAGAAAAGGCAAAGAAGCGACUAGAAGAAAGAAAGCAGAAUAAUGUUGUGUCCGCAAUAAUGGCAGCCACUCAAAACAAAAAGAUCGAUAGAUCUGGAAAUAAUUUGAAUAAAGGUAAUAGAGAACAAGUUAGAAACUUGAUGUCCCUACCAACCAACACCCCUCGUAAUCAUCAAAUGCUUUCCGUGGCUCAGAACGUCUUUGCAAAUGAUGAACAGGCAGUAAAGAAUCUCAAGAAGGAAUAUAAAAACGACGAACCAAUUUUACCUAUAUUGCUAUUUGCACUAAAGCAAUAUCGACCUGAUAUCGUAUCCGAAGUUCAGAAGAUAAGAGAAAAAGAAAUCAAGUUCUGGGCUCAACUAUGUCCCUAUUUCAGUAGACGCAGACUAGCAAGUCAAUCACAUUUAAUACAUGCAGACAACGUAUUUUUCUUGAUAGAAACAGGUAUGUUAAAGGCAAUGUAUGAACUACCACAAGGUACAUUGUACGAGAUCAUGUCUAAUGGUACAUGUUUUGGGAAAAUCAUCGCCCCAGGAAACACUAUGCCUAAAGAACAGAAACUCAUCAUUGAAACGGAAACAGAUUCCAUAUUAUGGGUUAUAGAUUCUAGCUCUUUGAAUAAAAUGAAAGAAGAAAACCUUGCAUUGUACGUGGAGGUUGCGUUAAUGAUAAUGUGCAUCAAGGACACUAGGUUCAAAGAAUUACUAGGCUACACCCUUGUUAGCGCAUGA